AAGAGUUUGAGGACCAAUUUAUCGAUUCGUCAUUGCCGUAAACGCGUAUCUUUUGAAAAUGGUGCGAGUACUUCUAUUCCAUUACUUCAAAUCGCAACGUACGUUCUCCGAUUCUCUUCAACCUACCUCUUUUGCCUCUACGAAAGAUUAUCUUUUCCUUGGUACUAGAGAAAUGAAGGUGUUUGUUUACUCACUCGAGCAACCGAACUUUCCUCUAUUCUGUGAGUUUCCGAUCAUGUCAAAACCUGUCAAGUUGAUUUGCAACGAGAAAGCCAAGUGCGUUUUGACAAUUGAGAGAACAAGCCGAAGAAAAAACGCUGGCAAUAAAGUAGUGAGCGUUCAAACUCACUCUCGCGCUUACUUUAACUGGUUCAAGGCAAAUCCUGACGAGGCGGUGCGUACUUAUGCAGCGGGACAUUCUCAUUAUCAAAGGCAGGAAUCGGAGGGAAAGUGCAAGGAUUUCCUUGCUUUAGAGAUUCCCACCCAGUUUGAUGUCACAGCUAUUUGUUGCUGCCCAACAAGUGGUAACGUUGCUAUUGCAAGCGUGAAAAAAGUGAGUUUGUUCAGAUGGAGUGGUAACCUUACGUCUGGCGGCACAGAUGUCACUGCAAUGUAUCAUGAUAUGGAACAUUUCCUUGACAUUGAACCAAGCAUGAUUGUAAAAGAAGUUGUUCUAAGUGACUGCUACCUAGCUGUGAGGUCAAAUCUAGAUGUUCAAGUCCUCAAGCUUGUGUUUACAGCUGAUCAAGAUUCUGUGUCGUCAAGCAGAAGUGGGAAAAGUUCAAGUCCAGGAACAACUCUGCUGAAUAAGGCCACAGCAUCCCUGUUGGACUUUGAAUCCAUGCUCCACCCGACACAACCAACCAAAAGAGAACCAAAAGCUGACAACUACGUUUUGUGGUCCUUUGAUGAUUGCUCACCAUUAUUGUCUUCAAAUAAACCACUAGCUGUGAAAUCAGAUGAGGAAGUUGUGUUUCCGUUGUUGAGAAAGAAAAAGGUUUACAAAGACUUCUUACCAGAUCCCAAGGAAAUCUUAGGACCUGUGUCAGAGGUACCUGGGCAUCCUGUGACUGUUGCAUUUGGAGGUCUCUAUGGAAUUGGUUUUGCUGUGGAUGGGUGUAUGCUAAGAGUGAAAGGAGUUACCAUGCUGUAUCGCAGAUUUAGAGUGGAGCAACUUAGUAAUGAAGGCAAUGAUUCUGCUACACUUCACACAUUACAACUUCUUCCAACUUAUACACAAGGAAUAUCUAAUGUGAAAGAGAUGCAAAGAUCUCCCUUAGUUGCAAGAACUCUCUUUGACCCUACUUUGUGUGGUAUGUGUUGCCUCAUCUCUGGCCCUAAAGAAGGCUUCAUGUAUGAUGUGUUUGAUACUUGUAACCUUCUGUCUUACUACAAGUACACCAUUGAUACAGUCAGUGUUUCCGUCUUUAAUGGUCUGCUUCAUGCAAUAACCAGACAGGGAAUUGAAACUUACACUGUGCGCAUAUAUGCAGCUGCAUCUGAUUGGAUCAGAAAGCAUGCUGCUGAAGAUGUUCAAGUUGACGAGCACCAAGGUGAGGAGCAAAGUGUAGUGAGCAAUUUUGGGGGACAAGAAGAAAAUUUUGGGGAGGUUUUUGAUGGCAAAAAGAAGUCUGAUGAAGAUCUGGAGAGAAGAGAUGCUGAAGAUUUGGUAGUUGAGAGUAGAUCAAGUUUAGCCUCUGCUUCUGGGUGCACACGAAGUGAAGAGUUGCUUGAAACAGUUGAGGUCAAUCAAGAACUCAAAGAAAGUGUUGAACAAGACUAUUGUGAGCCUUGUGUCACAGAAAACAUGCCAUCUACAGCAACUGCAUUUACCCCCACUCUUUCAUGUGCUGACAACCCAGAUGCCACAGACACUGCUUCAUCUAUUAAAAGUACAAAACUGUGUGGAGAUGAAGCUCCUCCUGCAGGUUACAAGGAGGCAAAACCAUCACCACCAGAUAUCAAAUGGACUGUUGAUAACUCUGGCCGUACACUUGUGAGGUUUACAUCGAGAAGUAAAACAUCUCUGCAUAGAGGAGCAAUGACAGGUGAUAUGAAACAGUUUGAAGAGAGUGAACAUAGCAGUGAUGGUGCAGAUGGUGAGUAUGACACUGAGAUCAAGUGCACAAGAACGUUUACAAUUAGCAGUUCAAUGAAUCGUUAUACCAGCACUGGAGCUAAAGUGAGUGAUGCUGUUUAUCAAGCUGCUGUUAUUAAACUCUCCAGUAACAAUGGAUGGCCAUUACCAGUCUUUGACCUAAAAAGCCUGAGACAGCGCUGUCCUCAGCCAAAUCUAGACGUCUGUUUGAUUGGCAUGUAUCCAUUUAUUGGAUGUCACUAUGUGUCUGCUAGUGAAGGAAAUGUUGUUUUGUUCUCAAAAUCUGCACAUGACCACUUGCAAAGAAGCAAGAGUUUCAAGAACAAACCAUCAAGGCCUCAGACUGAACAGAGAGAAAGUAAAAACCCUGACUGGAUGGUAUAUGUCCUCCAGAACAUGGACCCCACACAGCUUUACAAGGCAGUGAUGCCAUUGGCAAAUCGUUGUCAGAAGCACAAUGCACAGGCAUUUCAUCAUCUCAUUUGCGAGCAACACUUUUUCCUAAGAACACUUUGCUUGGCAGAUUCGGGUUCCAAAGAUGACAAGAACAAAAAGAAGCUUAAGAAGCUACUCUGCAAGUCUGCAGCAAAUUUGACUGAGGUGUUUUUAAGAAUCCCUGAUGCCUCUAAGGAUAGUAUAGACUACUUUGCAAUGUCUGGUCUAACGCUGCGAGACAUUGUUGACAAGGCUUAUAAAUCUGAAGAGCCUGUAGCAGAUGGCUUGAUCCAUUUCUUGGAUGAAAAUUUAUUUGGGUCAGACAAACAAGUUAAUGUGUCAGAGAGUAUUACCAAAAAAAUUUUCAAGCUCUAUGCCAGAAGUAAACCAGGUCGAGUAGCUGAGAUUAUCCUGAUGUCAUCUCUUAGUGGGUUUUCAUCAGAGACAGCACUAGCUGCCUUGGAAGAUGUGAAGAAAACUAAAACUGAGAAGGGUUGUGCUUACAGCUUAUCACCAUUGGAUAACGUGGUGCGAGCUGUGCUUUAUCUUCAUCAAUGUGAACCUGAUCUUGCCCAGUCUGCCCUCUUCUCUAUUCCUGAGAAAAAGCUUGUUGAAGUUCUGACCACUCACUUUUACUUGUUACAUGAUGAUGGAACUCACUUUACUCCUCUUGCACAGCUUUUAAGGAAACAUCAACCUAAGCUGUUUAUAGAGGUUCUUCUCAACAUUCAUGAUAACAAAGCCUUGUCUGUGGAAACCCUUCUCAGUUUAUUUGGGACCAGCAGGCCAGAUGCAAGCCAGAAUGAACUGGCUGUUGAGUUUAUGGAGACUUUACUUAAUGACCAAAACAGGUUGGACUCGUUUAGUGCCACAGUGAUUCCAUUAUCUGGGAUCUACCUGGAGAGAAUCGGAAAUCAUCAAAGAAGGCGCCAAGCUACUAUAUCCCAUCAACACAUCCCGAACGGAGAAGGACAUUUUGGAACUCGACACCCGUGGCUCGACAAGCUGUCUCCUUUUAAUGGCGCACUGUGUCUCCCCGGACUCCCAGGCUGCCCUUGCGCGAAGCCGGUCUCGCCACAGGCCUCCCCACAGCUGUCUCGAUCUUCCUCUCGGUUUUCCAAUUCUUCCCGACGAUCAGCUGGCAAGGGUCCUUAUCUUUCUGUCCAGCGUGGUGUAGACUCGACUGCGAGCCCUAAUGAGUGUUCCUGUUGCUGCUGUAACGAGGAUUUGAUAAAAAUUCAGGCGCUUUUAUGCUCCAAGUAUGUCAGCAGUGAGUUGGCUGAUUUCGUCUUGAGCAAAAUAGAGGGUCAGGCGAUAAUAAAGGAAAGAACCUCUCUCCUGCUUCUUUGUCUGCCACAUGUGGAGCGACAUGCUGAGGCUAUGGCCAUUGUUUUGGACGAGUUUUCUUUAAUAGCUUUACCUUAUGCAAUGCACUACUUUGGUCAGAACGUGGAGAAGUGGUCACUUCUGGUACAAACCUUGUUGGAAAUGUGUAAAGAAGAAACAGACAGCGACGAUUCAGAGUCAAGAAAAGAAGCCAUCAUGGCAGUCCUGAAAGGAACCCUUCAGCAACUCUGUUCAAUAGUGACCCCGCGGGAGUUCUUGGGGCUGUUGCCAAGCGACGGAUGUCUCGGAUUUUUCCUCCCAUAUCUCCAACACUGUCACAGACGUUGUGGGUCAAGCUCUGUCAGCGAGAGACUGGCGACAAGGCAUCUCACAACGUAAAUAACUCGUAACAGACAAGAGGAGAGCCGCGCUUUCAUCCUUUACAACCUAACAUCAGUAUGUAUAUUCUCCAAACCGUUCUCUAGACAUUUCCCAGGGUGCUAACAAGGAGAAUUAGGUUAAGAAUCAAGAACUUCUACAGUUGGUGAUCACUUUCCUUUAUUCUCGUGACCUCAGUGUGUGAUUCAGGACUGAUGUUGUAAGGAGAAAUUAGAUGCUAGUCAUUCUGAAGGGUCAAAGGUUUUUUUUUUUU